AUGGCAGAAUACUACAAUCCUGGCGGUUAUCCGCCUCCUCCGGCCCACACACAGAAUACUUAUCCACUUCCUCCUCGCCCGCAGCAGUAUGAGGGGCAGCCUCAAGGUAAUUCGGGCUACAGCUCGCCGGCUCCCCAGAGCACAUAUGGGUAUCAACCAGCCCGAGAAGACCAAUAUCAACACUCGCCGCGCUCUUCCGGUAUGCAGGUCGGACAAUAUGGCGCACCAGACUAUGAGUACGGACGAGAACGUCGCAACUCGGGCCCAUAUGCGGCCAGUCAAUAUCGCGGUAGCGAAGCCUCAUACUAUGCCCCUCCUCCACACGAGCAUAGCGAUCGUCCCAGUUCCAGAGGGUCGCGGAGAGGAAGAGAGAAGUCCCGGGACAGAGGCGAGAAACAUGGACAUCAUGAAGCCGAGAAGGCUGUAGGUGCGACAGUGCUUGGUGGCGCUCUUGCUGGAUGGGCCGGCCAUGAGCUGGGUCAUAGCAACAGUCUCGUCACUGUCGCUUCCACCUUGGUAGGAGCGUACGCCGGUCACAAGCUCGAAUCCAAACAUGAGAAAGAUAAGGUGAAGAAACGUGAACACGAGCACAAGGAAGGCGAAAGCGUGGAUUACAGCGAGUACCGUGCGGGCGGCGCCGGCGCAGACGGCAUCAUCACCACCAUUGAGCGGCACAGUCGAGCUCGAUGA